AUGCCUGACUGGACACAUCUUGUGCGAUUCAUCGCAGUCGAAGACAACCAGGUUCACCUGGGACAACUGGUCGACACUUCACGAGACAUUGGUUUAGACUCUGUCAAUGGCGUGGAAAUCAAGGCAUACCUGAUUGUAGGCGAUAUCUACAGUGGGAAGAUCACAUCGCAUGUUUAUACGGUGAAGCAGUUGCUCUCUCCAGUGAGCAGGGAGCAGUGCAAUUUCAUUCGAUGCCUGGGUCUUAAUUACACAGACCAUGCAAAGGAGGCAAACCUGCAGCUGCCAGCAGCGCCAAUCCUCUUCGCAAAGCCGAGGACGGCUCUGUCAGAUCCAUACCCCGCAGCAAUCACGAUCCCAAAGUGUGCCCAAGAUGGGACGAGCGACUUUGAAGCCGAACUGUGUGCUGUUAUUGGCACGAGCGGACGGGACAUCCCCGAAGAAGAAGCCUUGAACCACGUGCUUGGCUACACGUCCUCGAAUGAUGUCUCUGCCCGGGACCUCCAAAUGAAGACGUCGCAAUGGUCUUUCUCUAAAGGACUAGAUGGUAGCUGCCCUAUUGGACCCGUGCUCGUUUCCCCCUCCAUAAUUAAAGACCCCCAGCAGCUUAAGAUCAAGACGAUUUACCAAGGCAAUGUGCUACAGGAUGGCCACACCCGGGAUAUGAUUUUUGAUGUGAAGAAGCAGAUCUCCUAUCUGUCUCAGGGAACAACGCUUGAGUCGGGAACCAUUAUAUUGACGGGCACCCCGGCAGGGAUUGGGUAUUUUCGCCAGCCACGCGUUUUUCUCGAAGAUGGAAGCGAUGUGAGGAUCGAGAUUGAGAAAAUUGGAACCCUAGUCAACAAGGUCAAGUAUGAGCCAAUGUAG